AUGCCCCCAACUGCUUUGCCAACAGUUGUCUCUGUUGCUGUUGUAGCUCUCGAGCAGCUGCUCACAGAACUUGAAGAUUUUCUGAGGAUACUGGACAAGGAGAACUUGAGCAGCACUGCCGUUGUGAAGAAAAGCUUCCUCUCCGACCUUCUGCGGGUCUACACCAAGUCCAGUGGUGGCGAUGAGGAAUAUAUUUAUAUGAACAAAGUGACCAUCCAUAAACAGCAGGGUGACCAGGAGAAACAAGACAAAGCACUGGAUCAGAGAAACUCCUUGACCAAUGGAGACUCAGGACUGCAUUCAUCCCCUCCUCAGAAGAGCCUGCCGGACCUCCCCCCUCCAAAGAUUCCCGAAACAAAACAACCUCCCGUCCCCAAGAUCGAAUCCCCAGAGGGAUAUUAUGAAGAGGCUGAGCCAUAUGAUGUCUCUGUAAAUGAAGAUGGUGAAGCCGUUAGUAGCUCCUAUGAAUCUUAUGACGAAGAAGAGAGCAGCAAAGGCAAGUCAGCAACCCAUCAGUGGCCAUCCACGGAGGCCACCAUUGAGCUGAUGAAGGACACCCGCAUCUGUGCGUUCCUGUGGAGAAAGAAGUGGCUGGGACAGUGGGCAAAACAGCUGUGUGUUAUCAAGGACACCAGGUUGCUGUGCUACAAGAGCUCCAAAGACCACAGCCCUCAGCUUGACGUGAAUUUGCUGGGCUGCACUGUCAUUCACAAGGAAAAGCAAGUGAGGAAGAAAGAGCACAAGCUGAAGAUCAUCCCCAUGAACGCAGAUGUCAUCGUGCUGGGGCUGCAGAGUAAAGACCAGGCAGAACAGUGGCUCAGGGUAAUCCAAGAGACCAGCGGUCUGCUGUGUGAAGGAGGCAGUGAAGGCAACCAGUACAUGCCAGAUUCACAGCGUCUCAGUUGCCCAAAGGUGGAGGUAUCUGAGAGGUAUUCUGCAGCCUCCGAGAGUGGGAGCAGCACAGACGGCCACCCAGAGACAGCUGAGACAAAAGAUGUUAAGAAGAAGGGCACAACUGGCCUGAAACUGAGCAACCUGAUGAACCUCGGGAGGAAAAAAUCCAGCUCCCUGGACAGCCCAGAGAGAUCCCUGGAGACUUCAAGUUACCUGAAUAUGCUCGUGAACAGCCAGUGGAAGUCCCGUUGGUGUCAGAUAAAAGACGGUCACCUCCAUUUCUACCAGGACAAGAACCGAAGCAAACUGGCUCAGCAGCCCCUGAGUUUGGCAGGUUGUGAAAUUAUCCCAGAGCCAAGCCCUGAUCAUCUCUACUCCUUCCGCAUCCUGCACAACGGGGAAGAACGGGUCAUUCUGGAGGCGAAGUCCUCAGAAGAAAUGGGCCACUGGCUGGGCCUCCUCUUGUCGGAGUCAGGUUCGAAAACAGACCCGGAGGAAUUUACCUACGAUUAUGUGGAUGCUGACCGGGUUUCCUGCAUUGUGAGCGCUGCAAAGAACUCGUUCUUCUUAAUGCAGAGGAAGUACUCUGAGCCCAACGCCUAUAUCGACAACCUGCCAAAGGGCAGGAUGCAGCAGGAGGAGCUGUACGACGACGUGGAUCUGCCAGACCUGUCUGCGGAAGAAGUACCCAAGAGUGAGAGCAAAUUGGAGGGAGACCAAGACAGAGUGUACCUGGACCUCACCCCAGUGAAGUCUUUCCUACACUGUGCUAGCAAGAAGUCAUGCCAGCCUUCACCCCUCAGCUCACCGUCUUUAGAAAGGGCUGCCAACAAGGCUGCAGCAGAGACCACAACCGAGACAGCCCUUGUGACUAAGGAAGCCGAGCCCUGUAGUAAGGCAAUGGAGACCUUGGAGCAGAAACACCCAGAGAAGCCAGAGCCCGACGAGGUGCCACCACAGAUGCCCGCCAUCAAAAUCCAGACACAGCAGCAGAACAUCGCCUUCCCCCAGCCGGCCCCCGAGCUGCCAGUGGGCACAGUGACGGCGGGCAGUCCCCAGCUGGUGCCCGCACACCGGCCCAAGCUGCCGCUGCCGGCAGCAGCAGUGGAAACCAAGCUGGGCAAAAACAGGACGGAGGCGGAGGUGAAGCGGUUUACAGAGGAGAAGGAGCGGCUGGAGAAGGAGAAGGAUGAAAUCCGGGCUCAGCUCACCCAGCUGCGCAAGGAGAGGCGGGAGCUGAAGGAAAUGCUUGCAGGCAGCACAGACAAGAUCCUGGAGCAGAGGCUGAAGGAGAUAGAAGAAGAGUGCAAAAGGAAGGAGAGCCAGAGGGUGGACCUGGAGCUGAGCCUGGUGGAGGUGAAGGAGAACCUGAAGAAGGCGGAGUCCGGCCCUGUGACGCUGGGCACUGCUGUGGACACCACGCACCUGGAGAAUGCAGCCCCCCGGAUUCAGGCAAAAAGUGCCAGUCCGGCAAAUAGCACAGAGAACUCACCAGUCAAUUCAGCAACGGCUUUAAAGAACCGGCCUUUAUCUGUCAUGGUGACGGGGAAGGGAACAGUCCUACAGAAAGCUAAGGAAUGGGAGAAAAAGGGAGCUAGUUAGAACCACGUUUUUCAGAGAUGGACUAAAGACUGGAACUGCCCAUGCAUGGCCAAGGGGAUUCAAUCAUCUGUAGGUGGAGGUUGGGUGUGCAAUGCAACCGCACACCAAGUGCCUCCUCCACAUUGCACCAACUGCUCAGAUGCAGCAAUGGAGUCAACAGCUGCCGAUACAAAUUAUCCCAAAUGAUCUUGCUCUUUCCAGAUGAGUCCCAAUCACAUAGCUAAAACAAUAACAACCAGUGGCAAUCCUUGCAUCAAAUUCCUAACCCAGUUGAUGUAAACAAGAAUGUUACUGUACAUAGGGGUGUUUUGUGUAUUUCUACUCUGAAGGUUUAUCAAUGAGUUAUUAAGGUUUCUAUAUUAGUGACAUUAGUGGGUUCAGAAGGGGCCUCCGCUAUUCUUUAUACCCUGGUGGUUUUCAACCUGUCAUGGCAAGACUUCAGUUGACUGCAAUUUACCUGUCUUGCUGCCAGUCAUCACUCAGCUGCAGAUCAUCCAGCCUUCAGUCAAGGGCAAUACCCAUGCCUGAGUGAUGCUUGAGACAUGAAUGAGAAGCACACAGCAGCCUGUCCAGGGGAUUUUCAAUUGGUGUCCCGAUGCAUCCCAGCAUGUGCUUACUCUUACCACCCUGCUGCACAUAUGCCAGAAUAUCGAGAAAGAUCCCUGUUCACCUUCUCGUGCUGUAAGCUGUGCUACAGACUGGUGGCACCAAGAGCUCUGGGCAAAGAUCUGCCAAGCAGAUUCGGUUAAUUUUCUUGAAGAUCUUGAUCUAUUUCACCUGAGGAGUUUGUUCUGAAGAAAAAAAAAAAUCAUAUUUGAAUGCUUGUUAAUAAUUUAUCAAGGGCACAGGCCUGCUCAAUCUGUUUGAUGGGGAAGCUGGAUCCUGAUGCACCCUUCCAGGCUUGUGCAUUCCAAGGGGAGGGGAGGUAAAGCCAUCCCUGUGCUCCUGCCCUGGCUGUGAGCACCACUCUGCUGAUGCUCUCUGGUCCCCACAGAGCCAUGGCAGGCCAAGCUAACCCCACAGCUGUACAAUCUGCUGAAGACAUCCCUGUGUGAAAGGGGCCCCACCACAUGGGCAGGGCUCUCCUCCAGGCCCAGCAGCCGAGGUUGCACCACUGUGUCCCUGGUGGGCUGCUGGCUGUCUUGGUGCUGUCACCCUUAUUUCAAAAUUAAUAAACAACUUACUUAAUAUAGCCUUUGGGCCCUGGCAGUGUGGCCCACAAAACCCACCCCCUCUGCCCUAGGCCAAGCUUUCUAAUGAAAGAUGUUGGACAUUUGGGACUGCUAAACUUAGAGACAUUGAAAUUUGAAGGGGGUUGGGGAGGUGUGUCAGAAAUCCAUGCACCCUCUCCUCCCUGUAACCUGCUGUCAUGUCUGAUGGCCUGGAGACACCUCUGGUGGUCCUUCAGCCCUAGAGCCCAGACUCAGUAACUGGGUUGACUGUGCAGGGGCUGCAGCUGUUUUUCAACCUUGCAAAGCUAAAGCAGCACCAGUACCCUGGCUGGGUUGUUCCUGGGGUCCUGCAGCUACACCGAUGAGCAUCACACAGAGCCAAGGUAAACACAGACAGGCAAAAUGUACCUGCCUAACCCUUGAAAACCUUUGACAGGCCUGAGGUCACCUCUAAAGGGAUGCUCCUUCGCACAAAGGCCCAACAGCUUGGGGGGGUGCACAGGGCUGUGACACCUGGAGCUGGUGGUGGCAGUGAGGAUGUGCUGCCAAGGGGCUCUGGGCUUGCUCACCACCGCCGCGGAGCUGGGGUGCAACAAAACACUUGGUCAGGGUAUCCUGGAGGCAAGAAAGGUGCCCUCACUCCUGUUUGUUUUUUUUUUACUUUUAAAGUCUCUGCUGCCAUGCAGAUGGAGGAAUUUGCUAAUCCCAGGCCUCAGGAGGAGUUCAUUGGCCCCAGCUGUUAGGCCUGUCCCUGUGCAAUGUUUGCACAUAGGAAAACCAUACAAAUAAACCACUGAAACUUCUGGUUCAGGACCCAGGGGACUUUCCUCUCCAAAGCACAGGGAGGCCAUGGACACCAUGAAGCUUUUGUUUUGCCCCAUCAUGAGCUGGCAGGAGACCCUCUCUGCAUCCUAAAUAUAUGUGUAGUACCAUGCCCUCACCAUACACCCUGCUGUCGGCCUCCGGAAGUUGUCCAGACAUUUCACCUCGGUACUGAGACAGCGAUGGAUGAGAGCAGCUCUGCUUUCCACACCACAGCCCAGUCAGCUUCGGUGGUCCUGCUGGGAUAUCUCCAUCAGGGGAUGGUAAAUGUAGACAAGUCCUGAAGCAACACACAUUCCCCAGACAACCAUUAAACAAUGUCUCUGUGUCCCCAUUGUUUUCCUAACUCAAGGCAUUUCCUUUGUUGUAACUGUGACCUAUAAAGUGGCGCUUUAGAGGGUUUUAUAAUAAAAUGUUGAG